CUCCUCCUCGUGCGCCCGCCGCUCGGGGCAGAAGAUGCUGAAGAUGCUCUCCUUCAAGCUGCUGCUGCUGACCCUGGCCCUGAGCUUUUUCGAAGGAGAUGCUAAGUUUGGGGAAAGAAGCGAAGGGAGCGGAGCGAGAAGGAGAAGGUGCUUGAACGGGAACCCCCCGAAGCGCCUGAAAAGGAGAGACAGGCGGAUGAUGCCCCAACUGGAUCUGCUGAAUGGGGAAGAGAUGCUGUGUGGCGGCUUCUAUCCCCGGCUGUCCUGCUGCUUGCGGAGUGACAGCCAGGGGCUGGAGCACAUGGAUCACAAGAUAUUUUCUGUUACCAACAACACCGAAUGUGGGAAGUUACUGGAAGAAAUCAAGUGUGCUCACUGUUCGCCACAUUCUCAGAGCCUGUUCUACUCAUCUGAGAGAGAAGUCUUGGAAAGAGACCUCGUGCUGCCCCUGCUUUGCAAGGACUAUUGCAAAGAAUUGUUUUACACUUGCCGCAGUCACAUCCCAGGUCUCCUUCAAACUACUGCUGAUGAAUUUUGCUAUUACUAUGCAAGAAAAGAUGGUGGGUUGUGCUUUCCAGAUUUUCCAAGAAAACAAGUCAGAGGACCAGCAACUAAUUACUUGGACCAGAUGGAAGAUUAUGACAAAGUGGAAGAGAUCAGCAGAAAGCACAAGCACAACUGCUUCUGCCUUCAGGAGGUUGUGAAUGGCCUGCGGCAGCCGAUGGGUGCCGUGCACAGUGGAGAUGGCUCUCACCGGCUCUUCAUUCUGGAGAAAGAAGGCUAUGUGAAGAUACUGACCCCCGAAGGAGAGCUUGUCAAGGAGCCCUAUCUGAACAUUCACAAACUUGUUCAAAGUGGAAUAAAGGGAGGAGAUGAAAGAGGACUGCUAAGCCUUGCAUUCCAUCCCAAUUACAAGAAAAAUGGAAAGCUGUAUGUGUCUUAUACCACCAACCAAGAACGGUGGGCUAUCGGCCCUCAUGACCACAUUCUCAGAGUUGUGGAGUACACAGUAUCCAGGAAGAACCCACAUCAGGUUGAUUUGAGAACAGCUCGAGUGUUUCUGGAAGUCGCAGAGCUUCACCGAAAGCACCUGGGGGGACAGCUGCUGUUUGGCCCUGAUGGCUUCUUGUACAUCAUUCUUGGAGAUGGGAUGAUCACAUUAGAUGAUAUGGAAGAGAUGGACGGCUUAAGCGAUUUCACAGGUUCAGUGCUGCGGCUAGAUGUGAACACCGACAUGUGUCAUGUGCCUUAUUCCAUCCCAAGGAGCAACCCGCACUUCAAUAGCACCAACCAGCCCCCGGAGGUGUUUGCCCAUGGGCUCCACGAUCCAGGCAGAUGUGCCGUGGAUCGUCAUCCCACAGAUAUCAACAUCAACUUGACAAUACUUUGUUCGGACUCCAAUGGAAAAAAUAGAUCCUCAGCCAGAAUCCUACAGAUCGUGAAGGGCAAAGAUUAUGAAAGUGAACCAUCACUCUUAGAAUUCAAGCCAUUCAGUAAUGGUCCUCUGGUUGGUGGAUUUGUUUACCGAGGUUGCCAGUCUGAAAGACUGUAUGGAAGCUAUGUGUUUGGAGACCGUAAUGGGAAUUUCUUAACUCUCCAGCAGAGUCCAGUGACCAAGCAAUGGCAAGAGAAACCACUCUGCCUUGGCAACAGUGGGUCCUGCAGAGGCUACCUGUCGGGUCACAUCUUGGGAUUUGGAGAGGAUGAAUUAGGUGAAGUUUACGUUUUAUCAAGUAGUAAAAGUAUGACCCAGACCCACAAUGGAAAACUCUACAAGAUUGUAGAUCCUAAAAGAUCCUUGAUGCCUGAGGAAUGCAGAGCCACGGUUCACCCAGCGCAGGCCCUGAUGUCUGAGUGCCCCCGGCUCUGUCGGAACGGCUACUGCACCCCCACGGGCAAGUGCUGCUGCAGCCCAGGCUGGGAGGGCGACUUCUGCAGAAUCGCAAAAUGUGAGCCCGCCUGUCGUCACGGAGGUGUCUGUCUUAGGCCGAACAAGUGCCUCUGUAAAAAAGGAUAUCUUGGUCCUCAGUGUGAACAAGUGGACAGAAACAUCCGCAGAGUGACCAGGGCAGACAUCACCUAGAUGAGACACCUUUACCCUGCCCUGUAAAACACUAAAGUUACAUUUUUCACCAACUUAAUUGGAAAGAAGGGGAGUGAGAAAGGAAACAGUCUUUAAGGUGCUGUGGAUCUAAGCUAGCCCUGUGUCCUUGUGCCAACAUGUAAUCAUUCACGACGGAUGAAAACGCAAGAAAACCACCAAACCUAUAGAAUGCCAGCAUUAAACAUUUGCAAAGUGCUUUUCACCCAAUAGCAAGAUUGCCAGAGUCUGUGUGGUUACAUGGCUGCAGUUUCACACUGAAUCCAACGGCACUGGAGAAGAGCGCGUUCGCAUUAGCAAACCUUGGUUAUGUAAGCUGUCACUUGUACCACCUCUCUGGAUUCCUGCCACAUCUGACUCCUUACGUGUAUGUUCCCUCAGAACACAGUGAGAACCCUUUCUUUGGUUAAUGUGUCAAUAAAUUUUCUGUAAAUGCUCUGUUCUGAUGUUUAAAGCAAUGGCAUGUUCUCAUUAAAACUGCAAAAAGUUUGAUAGACUGGCAUUUGAGGCCAGCUCCCCAGGUUUACAUUGUAACAAAAUGAUAAAGGUUCUUUGCAUUGCUGAGAGAAAAACAGAAACACAAAAGCGCACAUCUUCUCAUGACAGACGCACACCCACUGGAGUUGUCCUGCUAGCCAGCCACAUCUUACCUCCAGGACCUAAAGACAGCAUCACGUACAUCAUGCCACCCACACUCAGUUCCCCAAACUGCUGCUUACCUUUAGGACCGUGAGCCUCCAUUAUAAAGCAUCUUAUAGCUAGUAUCUCUCUGUUGUCUUCAAGUGUGAUGUUUGUAAUUAAAGCACGGCAAGCAUUGACAUAGGAGGGGGAAAAAACAAACCCACAACGUCAAAAGAUUGGUUAAGUACACUGCACUUGUCUUCCAUAUAUGAUUACUUAAGUUUCUAGUGACCUCAUGCCAAUUGGAAAGCGGUUGAGAAAUCAUGGUUCAGUCUUAGUGGACAAUGGCCUGCAUGAAAAAGUGCAUGCAUAAUUUUGCACAAUUUAGAUUCAAUUGACAGUCCAUUCAAGAAGUCUCCGGAUUAAAUGAGCAUGGAGACCAAAUUGUCCUCUCGCCCCAGAAAAGGGGUGGUCCCUUCUAGUCCCACUAACACUUCAUUGGCCCAACAGUGUGACCAAUCUUGCAAUGAACCCUGCAGUCAGUCGCCUGCAUCUGUGGGUUCACAGCAAUCCUGUCUCCCCUGCUUUCUCUUCAUAGCCCCCUUACUGAAUUCCAUCACAGAAAAGUUUCACAAUUAAAAAAAUGUCCUGACAACCGUUUUUGUGAAUGGACCUUACCGUCUAAUCAUCCCGCAUUCAGGGUGGGUGACAUGAGACGAAAUGUGAACUUCAGCUGUCCUCAUCUGUCCGAUAGUGCAGUUGUAUUACACAGUCUCCGGGUCAUCAUUCCACCAAAAACAAUGAGGAACCUGCUAUCUGCUCAGCACCAUCUGAAAGAAACAAAAUUCCAGUGUUUUCUCUUCCAUCUUUCACCUUCCCAUCCCUUCCCCCAAUGAAAAGGCUUUUUCACCACCAUUAAGUUCUGCUAUUGACAGAUAAGCUAUGUGAGAACGGAUGGGGCCUCAGUUUCCUCAUCCAACUCUUCCCUAAGUGUGGACUUUCAAGUGACUUAGAGGAACAGGUCAGAGCACGUGCCCUAUUGGGAGCUUUCAGAAUAAAGUGCUAAGUUCUUCCCAAAAAGAGGGCAAGGGCCAUGGAUAUUACAUCUAAACCAAGAGAGGAACACCGUGGGUGUCACUUGUUUCCGUUCUGAGAGCAGUAGAUAGCACAGGCUAAGUAAGGUCUCCGUUAGACAGGGAGGUGGGGGGAGGAGGGGCGACUAAAAAGAUGAGGGAGAGAAAAGUCACUGUUCCAUCACAUUGAAGUCAACAUCGACUCGGUUCACAAGGCACACGGUCUCGACAUGGGAGAGAUGUGACUGUGGAAUGUGCAAGAGAUGAUAAAGCCAUCGCGAACCGUGCAUCGUUGUUCACGCUUAGAGCCUAAGCUUUGGGUAUCCAUCAGUGUAGCAUGAAGUCAUGUUAAGGUUGUGAAGCAAUGUUGAAAAUUACCUCUUACUACGCAUCUGUCAAACUCUUGUCCUGUACGAAUAGAAUGUGGUUUUCUUGCUGGUAAUUUAAAGUAAUAAGGAGAAAACAGAAGUGGCUGACUAUGAAUAGAAGGGAAUCUUUUAAGAAACUCAAGUGAUGGCAAAAAAAGUGAUUCCCCCUGUCCCUUCUCAUUUGCAAAUUUUGUUUCAGUGUGGUUAUUGUGAAAGAUAUCUUCUUUCUAUCACAAAGAAUGCUCCAAAAGUGCGCUCCAUUAAGCAGACAUCGACAUAUAGGAGAGAGGCACACAGCUUAGGAGAAACGAUCCUCUUUUCUCAUUUACAGAUUUCAGAAGGCACUUCCCAGUGUCUUUCUGUCAAAACAAUUGUACAAUGGAGUAGUGGUUUUAAAAUCCAUUAUUUUAUACCGUUUUUAAUCACUGAAUUUAUAAGCUAUCCAACACACUUCCAAAUCAAAAGCCAAAAUCACUGCCACUGAAUCGAUGCCGACUCAUAGCGACCCAUUAGGACAGGAUAGAGCCGCCCCUGAACAUUUUCAAGACUCCUUACAGGAGUAGCCAGCCUCAUCCAUCUCCUGCAGAGCAGCUGGAGGAUUCAAACCGCUGACCUGGCAGUUUGCAGCCCAACAAGUAACCCACUACACCAGCAGGUGCACAGUACAAAUACUAGCUACAGCCUUUAGGGCCUUUCAAAGUAUAUAUCAAUUUAAACAUUUCUCUGUAUAACAUUCGGUUAAAUCUCUUAGUUUUAAAUGAUGAAAGAGAAAAAAACUAUAUUUACAAGGAAGAAUAAAGUAUACUGUAGACAUAGAAUAAAGCUGUAGUUGGCUCAUGACUAAAUUAAAAGUUUCUGAAAAUCCCUAUGGAAUAUUACCUAUAAUGAUGUCUAUCUCUUCUCCUCCCCAUCCCAUGUAUCUUUUUUUUUUUCUUGUAACCCCUCCCCUCACUUCCAUUUCUAUUACCUUUGGCUAAAUAGAGAAGCCCUAGGAACGCCCAUAACAAAGGUGCUCUGGAGUAGUAGGUGGUUGUUGCAUUUGUUAAUGUUUUCUUCAAUUUCCUGAAAAACAACUGGUAUUGAGAUCAUGUUCAUUUGUUCAGCUUCUCUUAUCACAAAGAAUAGUAGAUCAAUCUCAAAUGACUUGCCGGAUCUAUUAUCAUCUCUGUGGAGCCUAAAUGACUCCCAGUCCGGAUGCUCCUUCUGAGAAUAUAUGUACUAGUGCACCUUAUGAGACCCCGUAGCCAACAGGAAGAAACCAGAGUAGCUCUUUUCUACCCAAGCAUGAGCCAUCCCUUCUGAAAUCUGUUUGGAAAAAGAUAAAUCCAAAUGUAUGAGAAAAAAUAAGUGUUUCCUCAGGGGAGACUUUAGAUUGAGACUUGAAGUUGCAGAGAACGCAGUACAGUUGCAAGCUGAAGAAAUGAAUGCCUUUCUUUAUUCCUGCCAGGGAGUUUGGGGGCCUGUUACUGUGAAUGGUAACAGUGCCAUCAGAAAGUUCCCCUUUAGAAUGUUCAAAAAGAAGGUUACCCAGUUUGCUGGUUUCCCUUUUUCUCCUCAUCACACCAACACAAAAUCAUCACACCUCGAGUAACUAACAUGAUGUCAAGGAAGGCCAAGGGGGAAAAAAAAGCCCUAAGACUAGAAACACAUGGUGCUAAAGUAUUCAAAACCUGACUAUGAAAACUACCAAAAGGAAUCCUAGCUACUCUAAAACUUCAUUUUAAAUAGGAAUCCUGGUGAUGUAGUGGGCUACAUUGGGCUGCUAAUCACAAGGUCAGCAGUUUGAAACUACCAGCUGGGAGAAAGAAGGGACAAUUUCUACUCCCCAUGGAAAAGUUACAGUCGCCAAAGCCCCAAAGGGCAGUCCUACCCUGACCUCCACAGGUUCACUGGGAGUCACAAUGGGCUCAACAGCAGUGAGUUUGAGUUUCAUCUUAAAUACUUUCUCAGAAUGAAUUUUGGGAAUUGCUUUGCAGUAACUAGAUAGGGGUGAUGUGUAUUCUUGGGAGAGCAAAGGACUGUUGUAAUGUUUUCAUCCCAGUCGUGGUGAUAGUGUGUCUAACUCAUGUGUUCCUAACUUUUAUGGAGAAAUUGACUUAUCAAAUUAGCAUAUUAAUGUGAACCCGAGAUUCACACAUCGUUUGCUCUGCUUUCCUGUAACUAUUUGCGUGUGUCCGUUGACAAAAAGAAAACUGGAUCCCUUGCAUCAACAUGAAGCCUUAGGCUUGAAUCUGGUACUGUUUUUUUAAGUCAGAGUACAUGGCAGUCUUUUAAUGAUAGCAAGUCAACAUAAGUUCUCAUGCUCCCACUCAGACAUGUAACCACACUAUGCAUUGUUACAUACAAUUUGUUUUGCCUAUGUAGAGGUUAUUUAGAUUCAAAAUACAUGUGUUCUCUACAGGUAAGAUAACAAAUGUAUCUUGAGUUAUCUGCAUGGACUUAAUUAAAUGACUCAUCGCUUAAAUUUUUUAAAGCAGUAUCUUAAUACACACUAUUGAAAGAACAGAACAUUAACAGCGUUGGGAAGUUCAUAAUGCUUUGAGUGUGUGCAUUUCAUUUUCACAGUUACAUUAAUCAAACCCUACACAUUUCCUGUUGCCCCAACUAGAUAAACUGGUCAGUAACUUCCAGCCACAUGAAGAAAAUAUGAUAACAUGUAGUAUGGUCUUAGCCCAAAUGUAUGUUGGCUAUUUCGUAAAUCUGAUACAUGAAUGUCCUAGAGUAAAUUAAGAUUUCUUAUACAGUAGAGCCGCUUUCAAAAUGAUAUUACCAAGAAACCAAAUUGACCAUCUUUGGAAAUGUCAGAUAUUUCUCGCUUCUCACUAUUGUCAUAGGACGUGUUUGGAAAUGCAUUUCACCAAAGCCCAUGCAUAACCAGAUAAACGACACUGAGACUGCCCUGAGGAAAUCUAGAAGCCUGUUUCCCUAGGACAUGCUACAGUAGACCAUUAGAAAGAAAAACAUCAAACUGGAAAAAUUAUCUAAGCAUUAUCAUUAAUAAGCAUACAAUAAUCAGCAAAGAAAAUCUGCUUCUGCCGACUUAGCCUUUGCUUAAUACGGCCCGAUUUUGAAGAAUGUGUGUCAUUCUUUGAACACAUUUGAUUUUCAAAGUUGUCUUUUAGGUUGUUCGCUAUUAGCAGCUUGUUCCUAAUUAACUCACAGAAGACACAAGAACCACACCAUGCUUGAACUUCUGUUAAUAAGAGGCUGGCGGAACAAGAAGCAACAGCAGAUGCAAAUUUGAGGAAGUAGGUUUAGUAAACGUCUUGGGGUUUCUAGAAUGAUAGGGAAUGACAUAGCCAAAGCCGGGACUCUGAGACUCCCUCUGAAUUUGAACUAAUCUCACAAAGUUAAGCAGAUAAAUAUACCACUCUUGACUGAGUCUCUCUUAUCCAUUCAUUCAUUCAGCAAAUUGGACGGAAGUGCCUGGCAUGAUUAUGUGCUAUAGAAACGCAAGGAAGUUUACCACGUGGGUCGUGCUCCCAACAAGCAUAAUGCACAUGCUUGAGACUAAAGACAUGAUCACAUCCAACUAGUCCCAAUUCAACUCAAUACUAGACUCCAGCAAUAAUAGUACAGAUGGUCUAAGGUACAGCUGUGUGCACUUGCACGUGUGCACACACCCAUGUAUAUAUAUUUAUCAAUCUGUACAAACACUACUUAUGUAUACACACGAUCUGUGUAAUAUAUAAUAUAUGUAUAAUGCAUAUAAAUUCUAACCAGUGGAUUUGUGUGACCUUUAAAAUAGAACAAUUGUAUCUUGAAAUAAAUGCAAAGAACUGGUCUUCAAUUGUUAAUCUGUGGAUUUGAUGAUUUUUUAGGUGCAAAGGAUGUUUAAGUGUAUAAGUUCUUAAUUUAAUAUAUUUAUGUAAAUGCAUGCCUGAAAUUUGGUUAGAUUGGCUGUGUUUUGUGUCCUGUAACAGUAUCAAGUGCAUUAAACUUUAUCUUAUAACCAGAGGUGCAUGUGCCCUUUUAAAAUUAUUUUAGGACUUUUUAAUCAAGUUCUCCCUAAAUGCAAAAAUGAAAAUUCUUGUAUACUCAAACUGAUCAUAUAAACACUAAUUUUAAAAUA